AAUUUCGUGAUAAUUGUGACGCCAUUGCAUAAGUGACGGCGUAUCAGUGCGCUUGUAUGUGUGUUGUGCGCGUCCUUAGCUGUGAUGAAAUUACGUAUAAGUAUCCAUAACUGUAAAUUGGAUGCUGACAGUGGAUCAAAACGUUUUAAAACUUUUGAUAACGUUUCCAUUAUCGUAAAGUUCGCUUGCGACUUCGCGCAUGAGGCUAGUGUUCAAAAAGUAUCCAAUUAGAAUGUUUACAUCGGUGUCGAAUUAAUUCUAUUUAAAAUCCAAUUGAUUUUCUUAUACGAAAUUGCAAUUGUAAAUAAAGUGAAAAUCGUGUUCUGUUUUUAAAUACUUAGAUAUUGCAAUUGUUUAAAGAUGGCAGCUGACAAGUUGGCGCCUAAUCCGCGAGAGACGGCUGGCUGUCUCUCUGCUAUUAUGUUUUGCUUUGCGCUACCCAUAUUAUUCAAGGGGCGCAAAAAGAAGUUGGAACCCAGCGAUCUUUAUGAUGUGCUCAGCGAGCAUAAAGCGGACAAAUUGGGCGAGAAACUUUACCAGACUUGGGAAACUGAGUUCCUCCAGGCGCAAGGUCAAAAGGAUGCUAAAAAGCCGAGCAUGUUGCGCGUGGUACUUCGGGUAUUCGGCUGGGAAUUGGUCAUAUCGGGCAUUGUGAUUGGAGUGCUGGAGUUGGGCCUGAGAGGCACCAUUCCACUUCUGCUGGCCGGGCUGAUCCACGAGUUCACUUUGCACGGCAACGGCAGCAGCCUCAACGCCCAGCUCUAUGGCGUGGGGCUGGUGGCCUGCACUGUGCUCAGCGUGCUGCUGAUCCAUCCGUUCAUGAUGCACAUGAUGCACUUGGCAAUGAAGAUGCGAGUCGCCGUCAGCAGCGCCAUCUAUCGGAAGGGCCUGCGUCUGAGCCGCACAGCGCUGGGAGGCACAACCACGGGGCAAGUGGUGAAUCUGGUGUCCAAUGACUUGGGUCGCUUUGAUCGGGCUCUGAUCCACAUGCACUUCCUGUGGCUCGGACCACUGGAGCUAUUGUUCGCCUCCUAUUUCCUCUACCAGCAGAUCGGAGUCGCCUCCUUCUAUGGCAUUGCCAUACUCGUGCUCUACGUGCCGCUGCAGACGUAUCUCAGCCGCUUGACCUCGACGCUGCGCCUGCGCACAGCACUGCGCACGGAUCGACGUGUCCGCAUGAUGAAUGAGAUCAUAGCCGGCAUACAGGUGAUCAAGAUGUACGCCUGGGAGCGGCCCUUUGAGCAGAUGAUCGCCAAGGCGCGGCUCAGCGAAAUGAACGUUAUACGCAAGGUGAACUACAUACGCGGCAUCCUGCUGUCGUUUGAGAUAACGCUGGGACGCCUGGCGAUCUUCGCCAGCCUGCUGGCCUACGUGCUCGCCGGGGGUCAGCUCACCGCGGUGCAGGCCUUCUGUGUGACGGGCUUUUAUAAUGUGCUGCGACGGGCCAUGAGCAAAUUCUUUCCCAGCGGCAUGUCCCAGGUGGCUGAGCUGUUGGUGUCCUUGCGCAGGAUAACGGCCUUUAUGGUGCGCGAGGAGACGGAUGUGGCCAUGUUGGAGGAGCAGCCGGAGGAGGAAAAUGCGGCGGAACGCAAGAAGCUAUUGGCAAAUGGCCAUCAGGAGCAGCUCAAUUCGGAUAUCGGCGUUGAGAUUAGGCAGCUGAGAGCACGCUGGGAUUCGGAGCAUGUGGAGCCCAUUUUGGAUGACAUCAAUAUGCAGCUAAAGAAGCAGCAGCUAGUCGCUGUCAUUGGGCCUGUGGGCGCCGGCAAAUCCAGCCUCAUUCAGGCCAUACUCGGCGAGCUGCGUGCGGAGGCGGGCGAGGUGAAGUUGAACGGACGCUGCUCCUAUGCCGCGCAGGAGCCGUGGCUCUUCUGCGCCAGCGUGCGCGAUAAUAUACUGUUUGGCCAGCCGCUGGACAGGCAACGCUAUCGAACGGUGGUCAAGAUGUGCGCACUGGAACGCGACUUCGAGCUGCUGGACCAGGGCGACAAGACCAUUGUUGGGGAACGUGGCGCCUCGCUGUCCGGCGGACAAAAGGCGCGGAUUAGCCUCGCACGCGCUGUCUAUCGCAAGGCAGAUGUUUACCUGCUCGACGAUCCGCUGAGUGCUGUGGACACACAUGUGGGACGACAUCUCUUCGAGAAGUGCAUGCGAGAGUUUCUGCGCAGGAAGCUGGUGAUCCUGGUGACGCAUCAGCUGCAGUUCUUGGAGCACGCCGAUCUGAUUGUGAUCAUGGACAAGGGCCGUGUCCUGGACAUUGGCACCUAUGAGCAUAUGCUCAAGAGCGGACAGGACUUUGCCCAGCUGCUGGCACAGCGACCGCCGGAGGAGAACGAGAUGGAGAAGCAGGAGGACGAGGAUUCAGCUGGCGCAGGCGAUGCCAACGAAAUCUCCACCUCCUACUCCCGCCAAAAUAGCGUAGAAAGUCGCAGCAGUCUCUCCACUAUGGGUUCCAGUGCAGAUGAUUCGUUAAUGGCCACCAAGGAGAAGCCAAAGGAAGUUCAGGAACAGCGGUCAUCCCAGAAAAUUGGCUGGGACAUGUAUAAGAAAUACUUUACUGCUGGCUGUGGCUGCUUGAUGUUUCUACUAGUGCUCUUCCUGUGCCUGGGCACGCAAGUGAUGGCCUCCUGGGGUGAUUACUUCCUCUCCUACUGGGUGAAGAGCAACUCGUCAGAGUCCUCGGACAUUUACUACUUUGCGGCUAUCAAUGUAACGCUGAUUAUAUUCGCCCUAUUGCGCACGCUUCUCUUCUUUAACAUGGCCAUGCACUCGUCUACGCAGCUGCACAAUUCCAUGUUUCGCAGCAUCACGCGUGCCGCCAUGUAUUUCUUCAAUACGAAUCCAUCGGGUCGCAUAUUGAAUCGCUUUGCCAUGGACAUGGGUCAGGUGGAUGAGGUGCUGCCUGCAGUUAUGCUGGAUUGCAUCCAGGUAUUCCUUACCCUGGCUGGAAUUAUAACGGUGCUCUGCGUUACGAAUCCCUGGUAUCUGAUUAACACGCUGGCCAUGCUGCUCUCCUUCUACUAUCUGCGCAAUUUCUAUCUGAGCACAUCAAGGGAUGUGAAGCGCCUGGAGGCAGUUGCCCGCUCGCCCAUGUACUCGCAUUUUGGUGCCACCUUGAAUGGCCUGCCCACCAUACGAGCGAUGCGUGCUCAGAGAAUGCUGAUAGCUGAAUAUGAUGACUAUCAGGACAAGCACUCCAUUGGCUACUACACAUUCCUCUCCACCAGUCGUGCCUUUGGCUAUUAUUUGGACUUAUUUUGUGUGAUUUAUGUUUUGAUUAUAAUACUCAACAAUUUUGUCAAUCCGCCUGAGAAUCCGGGACAAAUUGGCUUGGCCAUUACACAGGCCAUGUCCAUGACCGGGAUGGUGCAAUGGGGCAUGCGUCAGUCGGCUGAAUUGGAGAACUCCAUGACUUCUGUGGAGCGAGUAAUCGAGUACAGAGCCCUGAAUGCCGAGGGAGAAUUUAGCUCGAUGGGAGACAAGAAGCCGCCAGCUAGUUGGCCACCAGCCGGCCAAAUUGUAGCCGACGAUUUGAGCUUACGUUAUGCACCCGAUCCCCAAGCACCUUACGUACUUAAGUCAUUGAAUUUUGUCAUUGAGCCGCGCGAAAAGGUGGGCAUUGUGGGCCGCACUGGCGCAGGUAAAUCCUCACUGAUUAACGCCUUGUUCCGGCUCUCGUACAACGAUGGCUCCAUACUGAUCGAUGAGCGGGACACGGAGCAGAUGGGUCUACAUGAUCUGCGCAGCAAAAUCUCAAUUAUACCUCAGGAGCCGGUCCUGUUCUCUGGCACUCUACGCUACAACUUGGAUCCUUUCGAACAGUAUGAGGACUCCAAGCUGUGGCAAGCCUUGGAGGAGGUGCGUCUAAAAAACUUUGCUUUAUCUACAUACACUUAUCUCAAUUCUAAUCAUUUGCAGGUACAUCUUAAGGAAGAGAUUAGCGAGCUGCCGAUGGGUCUGCAGAGCAACGUUUCUGAAGGUGGCACAAAUUUCAGCGUGGGUCAACGUCAAUUGGUCUGCUUGGCUCGAGCUAUUCUACGCGAGAAUCGUAUACUGGUCAUGGACGAGGCUACCGCCAAUGUGGAUCCUCAGACGGAUGCACUUAUACAGGCGACCAUUAGGAAUAAGUUUAAGGACUGCACCGUGCUUACAAUAGCACACAGGCUGCACACGAUCAUGGAUUCGGAUAAGGUUUUGGUGCUGGAUGCUGGACAUGUUGUGGAGUUUGGUUCACCUUAUGAGCUCUUGACAACGUCGGAGAGCAAGGUGUUCCACAGCAUGGUAAUGCAGACGGGCAAGACAACGUUUGAACAAUUGCUGAAAAUAGCACAGCAGACCUACGAAAACUGCCAGGAAAAGAAGUUGGAAGACGUCAAACAAUAAAUGUUUUUAUACAUAAUACAAUAAUAGUUGUUAUGUAUAGCAAGGCUAUAGUUGUAAACAAUCUAGUUUUUAUAAUGCCUAUAUCCAUGUUCUGUACUUAUAGUAACUUGAACAACUUAAAUAAUUAUAAAUGUUAGCCAAAUCGUUUAUUUUUAUAUUCAUUGAG